ACCAGAUAUGGGGAGAACAAUUACAAAUAUGUUAAACAGUUAAGAAUGGCAUACCCCGCAAAAAAAAAAAAAAGAAUGGCAUACAGGUAGUUCAAUCAGCGCAGUACCGAUGUGAGGGGCAUCCUGCUAUUCUAGCCAAGGCUGCGUCUGGUCAAUCAAGUGGAAUGCACCACCAUGACAGCUGAUGACUUCGACUUUGACUCUGGCCUCUUCGGUGUUCUAUAAAUUCUGUCCAGAUCCACCCCCAACAAUCCGCGCUCUUCGCAGUGGAGGACUCGAGGUAUCGGAGCAGCAGAUUAGCAGUCAAGAAUGGCGGGGCUGUAUGAGAGGCCAUCGGAGACGUACGCCAAGAAGCGGCCUCGGUACCCUGACGCUUGGUUCGCCAGGCUCGCCGCCCUCACCGCCGGCCACCACCGUGCCUGGGACGCCGGCUGCGGCACCGGCCAGGCCUCCAUAAGCAUCGCGGAGCACUACGACAGCGUGGUCGCGACGGACGUGAGCGAGGGGCAGAUCCGCCACGCCGUCCCGCACCCCAAGGUGCGCUACCUGCACACCCCCGUGGACCUCUCCGAGGACGACCUCGUCGCCCUGGUCGGCGGCGAGGGCUCGCUGGACCUCGUCGUCGUGGCGACCUCCAUCCACUGGUUCGACAUCCCGCUCUUCUACGCGGUGGUCAACCGCGUCCUCAAGAAGCCCGGCGGCGUGCUCGCCGUGUGGGGCUACAACUACGAGAUCCACCCGUUCGAGGACAAGCUGCACGGGCAGAUGUACCCGGCCAUGCGCCCGUUCAUGGACCCGAGGACGAGGCUGGCCAUGGACAGGUACCGCGACCUGCCGUUCCCGUUCGAGCCCGUCGGGGUGGGCCGCGAGGGCGAGCCGGCCGACGCCGACAUUGAGGUGGACAUGACGCUGGACGACCUUGUUGGGUUCUUGAAGACCGGCUCAGUCGUCACGACGGCGAGGGAGAAGGGAGUGGACCUGGAGGCGGUGAUCAAGGACGUGAUGAAGCGGGUGGAGGCGGAUUGGGGCGACCCGACGGUGGCGAGGAGGCUCGUGUUCAAGGCCUACAUGCUCGCCGGGAAGCCCAAACGCUGAUUGAUCACUGAUCACUGCCUUUUCUUUUAUUUUGACGAUCAGAAUAAAUUUCGAAGACUAGUGUCUUGCAUGGGGUAUUUGUAUACUUAAUUUGUAGGUGCCCUCUUUUGUUUGUCGAAUAAAUUCACGCCGGUAUCGAAUAUACUGCGUGGCAUGGCACACUGGUAACUGCAUUUUAGUACUCUCUCCGUUCCAUAUAACUUUACCUAGAUUCGUACUUCAAUAUAUAU